ACGAGUUGACGAAUACGGCGGAGACUUUCCGGCAGGAGGUACAGGAAUUUAAAAAAAAAAUUGAAGGGUAGCAACACGAGGUACAUAAAUAGAUUUUCACCAGCAAUAUAACAAAGACAGAACGAGGGUUUGUUCUAUUGAUUUUUCUCUUUGUAGUGCUGGCAAACGGAUUCGAUCCGUAGAUGUGCUGAAUUAUCCGACGGCUAGGGUUUCUAAGUGGUGCAGCCGAGGUUUCCACAAUAAAAGGCAAAUGUAUGAUUACUGUUUCUAGAAUACCUUUUGGCAAAUGCAUGAGCCAACCACAGAAGGAAUUUUGUUUCCAAAACGAAGCAUUGCAAUUUCUAUUUUGUAUCUCAUUAUUGGUAAGAAAGUUCUCGUGGUAACAGGAAGCUGUCCUGUUCCAUGCUGUCCAUUUUUAGAGGGAGUAUGGGGUCGAUCUGUAGCAAGCAAAAUCCUGUAGCUGAAGCAGAUGUCGAAGAAAAAGCUCAGAUUUAUUUUAUUAGGAAAGUUUUGUGGGAACGCAACUGCUGCAGAGAUUGAUAGAAGAAUUACCCAGGAAGCAAAGGCUGAGAAAAAUAUCCAAAAAAUUUUACUACUUGGCAUCAAAUGGAGAUCUCAUCAAGGAAAAUCAAGCCGGAUCAAGGACGAUCUUCGCCGGGACGAUCAAGCCAGGACAUGGAGUGACCUCUUUCAAUCUAGCGUUCCAAGGCGAGGUGCUGGGGAGUCUGGCAAGUCUACAAUUUUUAAACAGAUAAAGGUUUUGUUUCAAACUGGAUUUGGUGAAGCAGAGCGCAGGAACUACACAUCAGUUAUCCAUGCAAAUGUGUAUCAGUCUAUCAAAAUACUGUAUGAUGGUUCAAAAGAAUUUGCUGAAAGUGAAGAGGAUUCUUCAAAGUAUGUUAUAAGCCCUGCAAAUAAGGAUAUUGGAGAGAUGUUGUCUGAUAUAGGAGGAAGGUCUGAUUACCCUCUUCUAACUGAGAAAUUAGCACAGGACAUUGAAGCACUAUGGAAUGAUAAUGCUAUUCAGGAAACAUACCUGAGAGCAAAUGAACUUCAAGUUCCUGAUUGCACUGAAUAUUUUAUGGAGAAUAUUCACCGCUUGGUUCAAUCAGACUAUGUGCCAACACAGGAGGAUGUUCUAUAUUCUAGAGUACGCACAACUGGAGUUGCUGAAAUACAGUUCAGCCCAGUGGGUGACAGUAGGAAGAAUGGUGAAUGCUAUAGGCUUUUUGAUGUUGGGGGCCAAAGAAAUGAAAGGAAAAAAUGGAUUCAUCUGUUUGAAGGGGUCACAGCUGUAAUUUUCUGUGCAGCUAUUAGUGAAUAUGAUCAGAUACUGUUUGAAGAUGAAACCAGAAACCGUAUGAUAGAAACAAAAGAGCUAUUUGACUGGGUUUUGAAACAGCCAUGGUUUGAGAAAACAUCUUUCUUGCUUUUCUUAAACAAAUUCGAUAUUUUUGAAAAGAAGGUUCAAAAGGUACCUCUAAAUGUUUGUGACUGGUUCAAAGAUUACAAGCCUCUGACGACUGGGAAGCAAGGGAUUGAACAUGCAUAUGAAUUUGUAAAGAAGAAGUUUGAGGAGCUCUACUUCCAAAAUACACCUCCUGAUCGUGUGGAUAGAGUCUUCAAAAUCUAUAGGACAACAGCACUAGAUCAGAAGCUUGUAAAGAAAACGUUCAAAUUGGUAGAUGAAACUCUUACACGGAGAUAUCUGAUAGAUGCUGGUCUACUUUAAAUAAUUCUCAGAAGGCUAAACAUCAAAAAGGGCGUUUAACUGCAGAGGCAUUAUUUGUUGAAGUAUUCUUUGGUUGAGCUGCAAGCAGAUAAUUCUGGCUGGCUCUAUUAAUCAUUCAUUGUAUUGUUCCCCAUGGACAUUUGAAAUUGAUUGGCUUUUGUUGUUGUGGAACUGAUUCCUCCGGAAGACCAGUCCUUAUUUUUUGUUCACAUGAUUUGCUGGUUAUUAGAUUAUCUUUGCAAGUCUUCCAUUUGUUAAUAUGACUUAAUUAACUGUCGACCAUUUUUCCUAAAUGAGUACUGAAUACGAACAUUAUUAGCAGAAUGUACAAGGAUUCCAAAUCCAAUUUUCAUUUUCAACAGAGAAAUAUUCGAAUGUA